GCGGAUCCGGCGGGGCGGAGCCGGGCCGAGCCGGGCUGGGGAUGCGGCUCCCGGCGGCAGCGGCAGCCCUGAGCUGAACCCUCGAGGAGGCUGCUGAAGGCCCCCUUCACCCCAGCCCGUGGCGGGAGGGGACACAGUCAGAAGUCUGCGCUAGAGAACGCUUUAUCCUGCUGCUGCUGUGAUGUACGCGAGGGCCCUUCUGCACAUGCAGGUGAAGUUAAUGUGGUGUUGGUGAAAGUUUCUGGAUUCAGUACACUGGUGACUGAAGCCCUCUAUUUCUCCUCAGAACAGUGCUAAAUGAAAAGAACAAACCAUGGGAAACCCAGAAAACAUGGGAGAGACGUAUGUUGCUGUGAUUCGUCCAAAGAACACUGCUAGCCUGAAUUCUCGGGAAUAUCGAGCUAAAUCAUAUGAAAUUUUGUUGCUUGAAGUUCCCAUUGAAGGGCAAAAGAAAAAAAGAAAGAAAGUUUUGUUGGAAACUAAACUGCAGGGAGGUACUGAAGUAACUCAAAGUAUUUUGGACUAUGUAUUAGAAACCACCAAACCAAUUUCACCAGCCAAUCAAGGUAUAAAAGGAAAGCGAGUAGUGUUAAUGAAGAAGUUUCCUCUGGAAGGGGAGAAGGCAGGCCAGGAAGCAUCCCUUUAUGUUGUUCCAGCAGUUGUCAAAGAUAAUACAAAAUAUACAUACAGUCCAGGAUGUCCAGUUUUCUACUGUUUACAGGACAUCAUGAGAGUCUGCAGUGAAUCCAGUGCUCACUUUGCUACACUUACUGCUAGGAUGUUAAUAGCCUUGGAUAAAUGGCUAGAUGAACGACACACACAAUCGCAUUCUAUCCCAGCUUUAUUCAGACCAUCACCUCUUGAAAGAAUUAAAACUAAUGUCAUAAACCCUGCAUAUGCUAUUGAACCUGGUCACACAGAGAGCUCACUCCACAUGGGCUAUACUGCAUUAGAAAUAAAGAGUAAAAUGUUGGCACUGGAGAAAGCAGAUAUGUGCAUCUAUAAUCCUUUGUUUGGGUCUGAUCUUCAAUAUACCAACAGGGUUGAUAAAGUGGUUAUAAAUCCAUACUUUGGUCUUGGAGCUCCAGACUACUCAAAGAUUCAGAUUCCAAAAAGAGAAAAGUGGCAACGCAGCAUGAGCAGUGUGAUGGAAGACAAGGAGCGCCAAUGGGUAGAUGAUUUCCCUCUUCAUCGCAGUGCCUGUGAAGGAGACUCUGAAUUACUGAGCCGCCUUCUGGAUGAAAACUUUUCAGUUAACCAGUUAGACAGUGACCAUUGGGCCCCCAUUCACUAUGCUUGCUGGUAUGGAAAAGUUGAAGCCACUCGAAUGCUGUUGGAGAAAGGGAAAUGCAAUCCAAACCUACUCAAUGGACAACUUAGUUCUCCUCUUCAUUUUGCUGCCGGAGGAGGGCAUGCUGAAAUAGUGCAAAUCCUUCUAAAUCAUCCUGAAAUUGACAGACAUAUUACUGAUCAACAAGGAAGAUCUCCACUGAAUGUCUGUGAAGAGAACAAACAAAAUGAGUGGGAAGGAACAGCCAAACUGCUGAAGGAGGCCAUAAAUAAACCUUAUGAAAAGGUGCGGAUUUAUCGAAUGGAUGGAUCAUAUCGUUCUGUUGAGUUGAAACAUGGAAACAAUACCACUGUACAGCAGAUAAUGGAGGGAAUGCGUCUAUCUCAGGAAACUCAGCAGUACUUCACUAUCUGGAUCUGUUCUGAAAAUCUCAAUCUCCAGCUGAAGCCAUAUCACAAACCUUUGCAACAUGUUCGUGACUGGCCUGAAAUACUCACUGAACUGACGAACUUGGAUCCUCAAAGGGAAACCCCACAGCUUUUCUUGAGAAGAGAUGUGAGACUUCCUUUGGAAAUUGAAAAAAAGAUUGAGGAUCCACUGGCUAUCCUUAUCCUGUUUGAUGAAGCCAGAUAUAAUUUGCUGAAAGGCUUUUAUACAGCACCUGAUGCCAAGCUGAUCACCCUGGCAAGUCUGCUGCUACAAAUAGUCUAUGGAAAUUAUGAGAGUAAGAAACACAAACAGGGUUUUCUGAAUGAAGAAAACCUUAAGUCCAUAGUGCCUCUCACCAAACUAAAAAGUAAGGCUCCUCACUGGACAAACAGGAUACUCCAUGAAUACAAGAGUCUCAGUACCAGUGAAGGUGUAAGUAAAGAGAUGCAUCACCUACAGCGCAUGUUCUUACAGAACUGCUGGGAAAUUCCUACCUAUGGAGCAGCUUUUUUCACAGGACAAGUGUUCACCAAAGCAAGUUCAAGCAGUCAUAAAGUCAUCCGAGUGUAUGUAGGAGUAAAUGUAAAAGGCUUGCAUCUCCUCAACAUGGAAACUAAGGCUUUACUCAUCAGUCUAAAAUAUGGUUGCUUUAUGUGGCAGUUAGGAGAUGGAGAUACCUGUUUUCAAAUCCACAGUCUGGAAAACAAAAUGAGCUUUAUAGUGCAUACCAAACAGGCUGGUCUGGUCGUAAAACUGCUGAUGAAAUUAAGCAGCCAGUUACUGCCUAGUGAAAGAAAUGACUGACAGAUAAGGAUGGUGGUUUAGAAUUACUCAAAAAUAACUGUAUUUUCAUCAAAAUAGACUUUUACACAUGAGUUUUGCAUAAUGAAAAAUGUGCAAGUUUUAUAGACAUUUUUUACCUUGUACAAAAGCUGCAUGGUUUAUUUUUUUAAACAAAUGUAUGUAUCAUAAUUAUUUUUAUAAAGAUAUUUUUCCCAUAUAAGCUAUUCUAAGUUUUGAGCUAAAACCUAAUAAUAAAGAUAUUGACAUGAAAACAGGUAUGUCAAAAUUAGCACGUGUGGACCAAAUAAAAUGCAGUAUACGUCUGUUCCCAACAGAUUCUGUAAGUUUUAUAUGCAACUAUUAUUAGGAACAUAAAAUCUGAAUGUACCUAUUAUUAACUUUUAGGUAAUGCUGUGGAAUACAGUAAAAUCUUUACAGUUGAUGAUAACCUUUGUUAGGCAACCUGCUUGUUAAAAAGAGGAAUUACUGAGUAAACUCUACUCCAGCUUCAUUAAGAGCCUUACCAGUCUUUUAUGUAAUUACUUUUGACGUGUGUUUAAUUUGUUUUUUGUUACAUCUGCUAAGAUUUGAUUGGACUUGAAAGAGUUUUUUAUACUUAAAAAUACAUAUCAGUAUUCUUUUAGAAUAUUGCACAAAGAAAGCCAAUAGGAAAUAUAUUUUAAAAUUUUCAGAAGCCAUAAGUGUGUAGCAUAGUUACUGUUUUAAAAUUACUGGUGAUUUACUUUUGCUAUACAAUUCAAACAAUUUUAUGCUUAAAAAUAGAUUUGUAAAAUGCUUCCAUCACACAGAAGACAUCAGAAACAUUCUGUACAUACUACUUACAGGAUUGCAACACCCUUGCAUUGAGUAAAGUUAUGUGCAGCAGGUACUUAUUUCCAAAAAGUUCUCAUGCUCAUAUUUUGCUUAAAUUCAUUGGCACUCCAUAUAAGAGAGGAUUUGAAGAUUCAGGGUUUACAGUACAGCGAUAGAAAAUGGGCAUCAAAAAAGCAUGACUUGCUGGAGACUUUGCUAUAAAAGUAUCAGGUCCUAAAAAACCUCACUAAUAGGAAAUGAUAGGAUCAUCUUAUUUUUUGCUGUUGUUUAAAAAAUAUGUAUGACCAAAUUUUGACAUGCUUUCAGGCUGUUGGAAUCAGGCCCCAAUUCAAAUAUAUACAGUAUUUGCUUAGUGUGGCAUUUCAAGCUGCAAUACAGAAUCUGAAAUACAACGAUGAACUCUAAAAUGCUAUGCUGUAUCUACUGAUUUCUGAAAUUUCAAGAUGGUACGAUGUAGUUUUAACCAUAUCUCACAUUGGCUUUUAACAGGUAUAGUGGGCCAAAAUGACUAGCAAUUAUUUUUCAAUAAAGUAAAAUAUUUGAGUUGACUUCCAAAUUUUCAAAUAAAAGUUGGAACAAUUUGACAUUGGAUAUAGUAGGAUUUUGCAGUACCUUCAUCUUUGUGAUCAGAAGUCUCUAAAAAGCAAGCAAUUUUUUAAAAAUUAUGCUGGAAAAAGUUUCAUACUAUAGAACUUUCUAUCUAGAUAUAUCUACACUGCAUAAGCUUCAUUGGCCUGCAGUGUGUAAAUCUUCCUGGAGAGAUUGUAUUGCCUUGUAUUUGAAGUAAAUAUUACAGCAGUUGGCACCACCUAUAUUGCAUCAUAGCUAUCACAUGGAUCUAAUACCAGAACAUACUUUUAUCUCCAGCACUUUGUUAGAAAACUAGGAGAAAUGUAUAAUGUUAAGAACUUGUAUAUAAAUGUCAUGGUUGCAUAUUUAAAAAUAAACUAACAUGUCUUUUGUUUCUAUCAUCUUA